CCAUUUGAAGGUCCGGAGAAAUUGUUAGAAAUCUGGUUCGCUAGCCAUCCAGAUUCUAUUCCCGGCGAAGGUCCUAAGAAGGGUUUGCGUUUGGUCGAUAGGAAAACUUGGGAGACGAUGUUAGAUUUGGUGAACUGUCAGGUUUUGUCCGUUAUCAAUGGUCAAUCAAACGAUGCAUACCUUCUCUCAGAAUCCAGUCUAUUCAUCGCACCACACAGAUUAAUCUUGAAAACUUGCGGUACAACUACCCUCUUGUUAGGGUUAGAGAGAAUCUUAGAAAUCGCUAGAGAAGUCGCUCAUUUAGACCAUGUUGAACAGGUUUUCUACUCCCGUAAGACCUUCAUGUUCCCAGAGCGUCAGAGAGGUCCACACAGGGACUGGCAUCAGGAGGUCGAUGUUCUCAACAAAUACUUUGACAACGGUUCAGCUUACACCGUCGGUAAGAUGAACGGUGAUCAUUGGUUGCUUUACAUGUCAUCAAAAGAGGAAGCGAUCAAGCCGCCGCCUGAUAGCUCCCCUGAUACAACUUUAGAGAUUUUGAUGACACAGUUACAUCCAGAAAGCUGUAAAGAUUUCUACUCAGUCGAUGGUGAAUCUGGUCACUUAGCAGGUCAGAAAUUAUCUGAUAAGCUCGGCAUUUCUAAACUCUUCCCGGAUAUUUCAUUAGACGCAUUCUUAUUCCAGCCGUGUGGAUACUCUAGCAACGCUACUUGGACUGAUGGAGAUAACAACGAUCGCUACUUCACCAUUCACGUCACACCGGAAGACGGUAUAUCCUAUGCCUCAUUCGAAACAAACGCUAGUUAUAAAAACAGCGCUCAAUUGAGAGAUUUAGUUCAACGCGUUGUAAAAAUAUUCAACCCUGGUAAACUCUCAUCAACGUUGUUUGUCGGAACAAAUGACGAGGAAGAAUUAGACUUUAGACCAUCAAACGAGUUCAGCAAUCGUUUAUUAGAUAAUUACAAACGUACGGAUAGAAUAAAUUAUGAGUUCUCUGGAUAUGAACUCGCAUACGCUUGCUAUCAACGGCGAUAAAUAGAUAUUUUUAAUUUCAAAAACUUGUAGCAUUAUUUUUAUUGCAUCAUUCUUACUCUCAAC